GAUUUCUUGCGGCACCGUCGAGCACAGUUACUAGCUUUCGCUGCAACCACUACGACAUAAGGCUGACUCGGUCUUCUGAACAUAUAAAACCUCACUUUAAGGUGUAAUUUGGGCAGAAAAUCAUGGGUGUUCCCGCCUUAUUUCGAUGGCUCAGCAAGAAGUACCCGAAAAUCGUCCAGUCUGUCGCUGAGGAGGAAGAGACUGAAAUGCCUGAUGCUGAGGGCAUAAACAUCAAAGUUCCGGUCAACAUGGCUACGCCGAAUCCCAAUGGAACAGAAUUUGACAAUCUGUAUCUUGAUAUGAAUGGCAUUGUUCACCCUUGUACCCACCCUGAUAACAAGCCUGCUCCGGAGACAGAGGAGGAAAUGAUGGUCGAUAUCUUCAGUUACACUGAACGGGUUGUCAACAUGGUCAGACCUCGAAAAGUUCUUUUCAUGGCCAUUGAUGGUGUCGCACCCCGUGCAAAGAUGAAUCAACAGCGUUCGAGGCGUUUCAGGUCUGCUCAAGAAGCUAAGGACAAGGAAGAAGCCCGCAGGGAAGCUGUUGCAGAGUGGGAAGCCAUGGGUAAAACUAUCAGUGAUGAUGAGAAGAAUAAGGUAGCUUGGGACUCCAACGCAAUUACGCCCGGUACACCUUUCAUGGAUUUACUUGCUCUUUCGCUUCGAUACUGGGUUGUUCAAAAAAUGAACACGGACCCCGGAUGGAAAGAUUUGCAAGUAAUAAUAUCUGACGCUAGUGUUCCCGGAGAAGGGGAACAUAAAAUCAUGGAUUUCAUUAGGAGACAGCGUACGAAUGUUGGUCAUGAUCCCAAUUCCCGUCACGUGAUUUAUGGUUUGGAUGCUGACCUUAUCAUGCUUGCGCUGGCAACGCAUGAGCCUCAUUUCAAAGUGCUUCGAGAAGACGUAUUUUCGCAGGACAAAGGCACCGGGUGCCGGAUAUGUGGGGAAGAAGGUCACUAUGCCGCUCAAUGUACAGGGGUAAAAACAGAAAUAAAAAAACCGCCUACCGAAAAGAAGCCCUUCAUUUUCCUCGAUGUCGCUAUUCUGCGCGAAUAUCUCGAAGUCGAACUUGACGUAAAAUAUGCACCCUUCCCUUUCAAUUUCGAGCAAGCGAUUGAUGACUGGGUACUGCUUAUCUUCUUUGUUGGGAACGAUUUCUUGCCCCAUCUACCAUCCCUUGAGAUUCGAGAAGGUGCUAUUGAUACUUUGCUAAGGAUUUGGAAAGAUGAGCUACCCAGAAUGGGAGGUUAUUUGACGAAUCAUGGCCAGCUUGAGUUACCUCGUGCACAAAUUAUACUUGAAGGUUUGGCGCGAAGAGAAGAUGAUAUCUUCAGACGGCGGCAAGAGGCACAACACCGGCAAGAUUCAGAGACUAAACGUCGUAGAGUGGGAAACGAUAGACCUCCCGAAAUACAAAGUUUAUCUGGACCGUCACCUUCUAUAGCAUUAACUGCAUCUCCAAUGGCUCCGCCUGUUCAUCCGUCCCUUCCUCAGCGUCCUAUGCAUGAUUUCGCCG